UAGCUCGGAGCACCAUCUGAAGCUGUUGUUGUCAUUCACCGAGAAACAUCGCGGGAUUCAGAUCUCCUCGAUUAUCCUGCGGUGAGAUCGUGCGGAAGAGAUCAUUUCUGAAACUUCUUCGAGGGUACGCUCGGACACAUGCUACUCCAAGAAAUCAAUCCCUUGCAAGCGUGGGCUAGAUGUUUGUGGUCAGUGAGCUCAGUGACGUUGUGCGUGUUGAACCCGAUAAACUCACUGGGAAGUCGAUCUACGAGGCUCUACGGCAAGCUCUCAACAAUAAAUUUGUGAAUAAGGUUCUGUUGAACUGUGGACUGUUCAUCAAGGUCUUGGAUUUCCUACCCCAGAGCUCAAAAACCGAUUUUCACAUUCUGCCGGGAGAUGGAGCGGUCCACAAGAAGGUCUAUUUCCGGGCGAUAGUUUUCCGACCCUUCAUCAACGAAGUUAUCGAGGGUAGAGUGCGUUCGAUGUCGCCGGAAGGAAUCAAAAUUUCGCUGGAGUUUUUCGACGACAUCAUUGUGCAGGGUACGAGGUUACCACAUCCGUCACAUUGGGACGGCGCGAAAGGCUGCUGGAUCUGGGAAUACGGAGCUGAUAGCGGCGAAUCCCACAAUCUUCUCCUCGAGGUGGGCGAUCGGGUUCGCUUCAGGGUCGUUGACGAAAAGUUCACUGACUGCUCGCCGGUAGGGCCAACGCUGGACACGAAUCAGCAGCAAAACCUACCGGUUUCAUACAUGCUCGAAGCCGCUAUGAACGAACCGGGAUUGGGAGCAAUCACUUGGUGGAGCAAUACGUGAAUUUACAAUAUGUACAUAACUCAAAUAAAUUUCGUUUCAAUCG